AUGAGGCCGAGCAUGACUCCUCUGGUGCUGCUCGCGGUGUGUUUUCUGGGUGUGUGUGAUCUCACACACGUGGAGGAGAUGAAGACCCAGGAGCGGCUCUUCCUCGGCUCACUCGGCCUCUCCGGGCGGCCCCGGCCCGCAGGGAGCCACCAGCCCCGACGCCAAGUCCCCUCCGCGCUCUGGAGGAUGUUCCGGAGGUCGGAGAACAUCCGGACCCAGGAAAGCGACCCCUGCAUGGUGUCAGAGUACGGAGUCCGCGGCAACAUCAUCCGAUACGUGCAAGACCAAGGCAGGCUGGUGUCUGGGUGGAGCAGCAGCUGUCAGGUCUGUCUGGAGAAGCAGCUUUUCUUCAACAUGUCCGUCCUGCAGCCUGUGGAGCUGCUGUCUCUGGCUCAGCUGGAAGUCAAGUUCCACUGGAAACCCUUCAGAUCUGCAGAGCUCCUGCAGGGGCCCCGGGCCCUUAGCGUGUCUCUGUAUAAAGUGAUCCGAGCCACGCUGAGGGGAGCCAAUCCCCAGGCCAACCGCAGACUCCUACUGUCCCAGUCAAUCCAGCUGCAGCCUGAACCCACCUCCCUCACCAUGGACCUCACCUCGCUGGCAGAGAAUUGGCGCAAACCGGGACGCAACUACGGUUUGGUUAUAGAGCUGCUUCCUCUCAGCACCGAUCCAGAGGAACUUCUUCCCUUUCACCCCGGAAACUCCCUCCCAUUGGAACCAGCUUUCACCCUGCCGCUGAUCCAGGCCUCACUGGUGGCCGUGUCCCUCAACCCCCACCAGUGUCGCUCCAGAAAGAGGAGAAGUGCCGUCCACCUCCCUGUGACGCCCAGCAACGUCUGCAAGGCCCGACGUCUCUACAUUGACUUCAAAGACGUGGGCUGGCAGGACUGGAUCAUCGCUCCGCAGGGCUACAUGGCCAACUACUGCCACGGUGAGUGCCCGUUCCCGCUCAGUGAGAGCCUGAACGGCACCAACCACGCCAUCCUGCAGACCCUGGUUCACUCCCUGGACCCGCAUGGCACGCCUCAACCCUGCUGUGUCCCCAUCCGCCUGUCCCCGAUCUCUAUGCUCUACUACGACAACAACGACAACGUGGUGCUGCGACAUUACCAGGACAUGGUGGUGGACGAGUGUGGGUGUCGAUGA